AUGAAAAUUAAAUUAUUUAUUGUUUUAUCAAUAUUUUUAAACAAAAAUUAUGGCAGCGUUAUUGAUGAAGAUAGAUUUGAUUCGAAUGCAUCGGUAAAAUUAGAACCCGUGAUAAUUAAUUAUCAUGACAAAUGGUUGGUUAACUUUGUGCGUACUAUUGAUAAUAAGUACGAGAGUUGUCAAGCUAUGCCGAUAAGACGGCGAGUUUUUAUCGCGGAUGCAGAGUGUAUUAAUCGUGCUGCAAGUAUAGAUCAUUGGUCAAUCACCAUAUACUUCUAUCACGGCUCGAUGAGAUUUUCGAAUAUGGCUUAUGUACAAGACAAAAACAUUUUUUACAACGCGAAUUUGACAAGUGAAUACGAUCCGGACAUGCGUAAAAUUGCUGUAUUGUUUGCUGAUCAACCGGUACUUGCAGACGAUAGAAGAACUUUGAUAAGAGGUAUUGCUCAAAUGGCUUACGAAGAAGUUUUAAGUUAUAAUGAAGAUAACCAAAUUAAGAAACUACCUAAGGCCAUUGCAGACACAAAUUAUGAAAAGUGUUUUAUGUCCAUAUUCAAAAGCUCAAAUAUAACUGUUCCGUGUUAUGGUUUAAACGCUACUUUUACGUCGUGUAUGUACAAAAUGACAGAUUACACUAUUUCUCAAUAUGACAACCUGUUGAACUAUCUAUUCUGUCACAUAAAAAGUAGCAAAGAAAAAGUGGUACUCGUUGGAGUUUUAUCUGAAUCAAAGAAACCGAAAAUCAAUUUUCAUGAUCGAUUACUCUCUUUAGAGUUCGAAAAUAUCGAUGAUCUUGAUAUAAUUAUCCGAAAAAAAUUACGCCAGUGGUCCGAAAAAAAUCCUUAUCAACCUACUUAUCCACUUUACUAAAUGGAAAUUAUGAAUCGGCGAACCAUUCGGAAAAAUCACUGGCAGUACUUUCUUGCUUCUCAGGAAACUUCAAAGUUUUUAACGUUCAAAUGACUUUUUACCUGUAAAUGUAAGAGUUCAUUUAUUUAUGAGCAUAAUUAAAUUAAAAUCACCGACAAAAAAAUAGUCACUUUAACCAAUCUUUGUUUUUAAUAGUGAGCGCAUUAUUUUGGUCCUCAGUGAUUUCCAGUCAAAUAUUUUGAAUCACUUAGAAGUGAAGUGAAGAAUAAAUUAAAGACAAUUUUAUUAAUAAAUUAAAAUUAAUGUAAUUAUUGGACCUAAUUGUGAUUUCGUAUAUCCAUGAUACUUCUUUGUAAGAUUUGAUUAAAUUGUUGCUAUUUAUAAUUUUUUCAUAAAGACGGAGUUGGUCGUUGUCUUCAAAGAACAAUUUAUUUGUAAGUAAUUCACAGAGAAAAACUCGGCAAAUUUUUGAAGACAUGAAAGUCAAGUCGGAAUAUUACAGUCUUUAUUCAAUUAAAUACCUCUACCUGGUUAACUAGGAGUUGCACUAGCUGGUCCUGUCAGUUUUAAGUUGAGAAAAUUGAUGAGAGAUCCUAAUGACCACAAGACCAAACAUAAAUCCAACAAGGUAGAUAUUUUUAUUAUUUAUAAUACUAAUAUUUAUUUUUGAAAAGGUUGAUUUUUGAUCAAGAAUGUCAAGAGUAAUUAUUUAGACAUUUUUCUUGAUAUAAGCACACGAAUUACUGGGCCC